AUGUCUGAAAACCAGAAAAACGGAGGCUACUCCCAAAAAGAGCUAGCUGGCGUGGCUCUACUGAGCGGCCGCAGGCUGCUGGUGCAAAAUGAGCCAGAUUCGGCGCCUGCUUCGAUGGCUGGACACAUUACUAUGAAAGAGAUGGGUUCUCGAGCCAGAACGGAAGAAGACACUGAAAAACGGGUGGCCAGGUCGGCAGAAUCCGAAGACCAGCUAAUAAAGCCUUCAAAUAACCUGCUAAAUCUCGAAAGAGACCUCAAUUUCGAAGAUAUAGCGUAUAAACCAACCACAGAGGCAGAUGCACAGGCGUUUGAAGCUGUGAUUCUUUCGGCUGCCGAUACGGUGCUUGAGGUGUUGAAGGAUGAAAGCAAGGGUGCUGGCGUGAAAAGGGCCGAAAUAGAGGACCUACUCUCGGUGAAGCUUACUGAGGAUGAGCUUUCUGUGUUGAUUAGGCUUUCACAGAAGAUCACAGAUUACGACCAGAAGGAGGAAGGUGCUGGGGAAAACGGCGCCCAGGCCGUGGGUAUCGAGUUUGAGGAGGAGAACGAACAGGAAACACAUACUAAUGUGGUGGUGGAGCCUGAAGCUGGAGUGGAAAAACAGGAAACCGAGCCUGUGCUUCAGGAUUCGCUGUAUGUGACGGUUCAGGCGGGGGAGACGCCGAAAUCCACGAUUUUGCCUUUGCUGGAGAUCAAACGUGACUUCAUGUAUAAUAGAGUGGCUGCCGUGGAACCAGAAUGGGAGCCUGAGGCUGUUCGAGAACAGUGUAAGAAGAUUACGAAGGUUUUGUUUGAUAGGAACGUUCCGUCUGGCGAGCUUGAAACGAGGCUUAUGGAAGCUACCGACUUUAAACACCUCGAGUUGGUCAAACUAUGCAUAGACAACAGAUGGAAGAUCAUGUUCCAGCUACAAGCGCUUAGUGGCGAGAAGGAGAAAGCCAAGGCGGUUGAGGAAAUGAAGGAAAUGGGGCUCCAUCUGCUUCUCCAGGAAUUUGGCGUGGCUGUGGAUCAGUCUAGGAAAAGAAGAGCUUCAGAGAUGGAGGAGCCAGUUAAAAGGACAAAACCUGCUGAAGCUCGUAAACCGAAAAUUGUCGAUUUGGAAGGGCUUGUUUUCGAACAAGGAGCUCAUCUUAUGGCCACUUCCAAGGUCAGUCUUCCGAAAGGCUCGUACCAGCAGAACAAGAAGCUUUACGAUGUUAUUUCAGUUCCAGCGCCAGAAGGUCCACCUUCGCUAGAAUCGACCAACGAGUCGCUUGUUUCGAUAAGUGAACUUCCCCAAUGGGCCCAGGCGGCCUUCCCAUCUGGAGAAACCCAGUCUUUGAACAGAAUCCAGUCAAAAAUCUACCCCCAGGCGUUCCAGAGCGACGAAAACCUUCUUCUUUGUGCUCCUACGGGUGCUGGUAAAACCAACGUCGCCAUGCUUACGUUUCUUCGACUUUUAUCGAACUACCGUAACGACGAAACGGGCCGUAUAGCGUUAAAGUCGUUCAAAGCAGUCUAUGUUGCACCUUUGAAGGCUUUGGUUGCAGAACAAACAAGAGAGUUCCAAAGAAGACUCACUUCACAGUUUGGCGUGGUGGUGAACGAGUUCACUGGUGAUUCCAGUCUUAGCCAGAAAGAGAUUGCAGAAACACAGAUCCUCUUUACGACGCCUGAGAAGUGGGAUGUGGUUACUCGUAAAGCUACAGAAUCCCUGUACGCUCUGCAAGUGAAGCUUUUGAUUAUUGACGAGAUUCAUUUGUUGCACGACGAUAGAGGGCCUGUUUUGGAGAGUAUCAUUGUCAGAGCAAAGAGAUCUCCAGAUACAAGAAUCGUUGGGCUUUCUGCGACUUUGCCGAAUUACGAAGACGUUGCACGGUUUAUUGAUGUUGAUUUACAAAAAGGGCUCUUUUUCUUUGACGCCCUGUACCGUCCUUGUCCUUUGGAACAGCAGUACGUUGGAAUUAAAGAGAAGAAAGCUAUCAAGAAGGUUGCAGCCAUGAACGAAGCGUGCUACGAUAAAAUGAAAGAAAGCAUCAAAAACAACCACCAGCUUAUCAUUUUCGUUCAUUCCAGAAAGGAUACGUUCAAAACCGCUAAAUGGCUUGCUGAAAAAGCCCAGGAAGAGGAAGUCAGUAUCGCCAGUUCCAGCGCAGGAACCCAGGAAAUCCUUCGCCAAGAAGCCGAAAACGCCCACAAUAAGAACUUAAGCCAGAUUCUCUCUUCUGGCUUUGGUAUCCAUCAUGCUGGUCUUAAAAAGGAAGAUAGAGGCACUGUGGAAGACCUUUUCGCCCAGGGCCACAUUCGUGUACUUGUUUCUACAGCCACUUUGGCGUGGGGUGUCAAUUUACCUGCCCAUACCGUUGUUAUCAAAGGUACAGACACUUAUUCUCCAGAAAAAGGCGCCUGGGUCCAGCUUCUGCCCCAGGAUAUCCUCCAGAUGUUGGGUCGUGCCGGUAGACCUCGUUACGACAAGUCUGGUGAAGGUGUGAUCAUCACAGCACACGACCAGCUUCAGUACUAUAUGGCAGUGUUGAACCAGCAGCUUCCAAUUGAGUCUCAGCUUAUGAGCAAGUUGGCAGAUAAUGUGAAUGCAGAGAUUGUUUUGGGCCAGGUUAAGUCGUUGAACGAUGCGGUGGAGUGGCUUGGGCUGACUUAUUUGUACAUUCGAAUGCUCAAGUCGCCGAAGUUAUACCAGGUUGGCGCUGACUACGCUGACGAUAAGGCGUUGCACUGGAAAAGAGCAGAUUUGGUGCAUUCUGCGUUUACUAUUUUGGAUAACCACAAAUUGGUGAACUACAACGCUGAAACGGGUCUGGUUAUCCCCACAGAAUUAGGUAAAAUCGCUGCUGGGUUCUACAUUGGCCAUUCCACCAUGUUCAUGUACCACAACAAGCUCAAACCGUGGAUGUCAGAGAUUGACGUUCUUCGGAUCUUUGCGUCUUCAGACGAGUUCAAGUACGUGCCAGUGAGACAAGAAGAGAAGCUCGAGAUUGCCAAACUUGCUGAAAAGUGUCCCAUUGCCAUUAAAGAAGCUCCCAAUGAACCUUUGGCCAAAAUCAAUGUCUUGCUUCAAGCGUACAUUGCACAUCUUCAACUCGAAGGGUUUGCACUUAUGGCUGAUAUGAUUUACAUCACCCAGUCGGCAGGCCGGUUGCUUAGAGCCAUCCACGAGAUCUGUUUGAAGAAAAUGUGGGCUUCAGCUGCCACUAUCACGUUGGAGCUCUGUAAGAUUGUGGAAAAACGGACCUGGAACACCAGUUCUCCAUUCAGACAGUACGGAAGUUUGGUUCCCUUUGAGAUCAUCAAGGCCACGGAAGCGUCCCAUUUGCCUUUUGUCAGUUACAUGAACCUUAACGCUGCUGAACUUGCAGAGGCAUUCAACUUCAAGGGCCAGAGCCAGUUGGCGUACAGUUUGCUCCAGAAUUUCCCGAAAUUGGACAUCAAAUGCAACGCCCAGCCUAUUUCUCAGGACACUUUACGUAUUCUGGCGGAUAUAAACCCCAACUGGGAAUGGAACAGGACGCUUCAUGGCUCCAAAGAGUCGUUUCUCAUUCUAGUGGAAGACGUCAAUGGAGAAAUCAUCCUACACAACGAUGUCUUGCAAAUCACGCCAAAGAACAUCCACAGGACCAUCGCUCUAGACAUAUUUGUGCCUAUUUCAGACCCACUUCCUCCUAAUUUAUACUUAACUGCCGUGAGUGAAAAAUGGCUCAAUUGUCUGUGGAGACAACCGGUCGAGAUGUUCCACACACAGCUUCCCAAGAAACCUCUGUCUGCUACCGAGUUGCUUGACGUCCAGAGCAUUCCUACUACAGCAUUGAAGGACGAAAAGUUCGUGGAUUGCUUCGAUUUCAUCCAUUUCAACAAGUUCCAGUCGCAGGUCUUCCAUGCUCUUUGGAACACCGAACAGAACGUCUUUUUGGGAAUGUCUAAAGGUUCUGGAAAGACCGCUCUUGCCGAAUUGGCUAUACUUAACCACUGGAGACACAAUAAGCAACGGUGUGUUUACCUCCAGCCGAGCCAGGAACUCGUGGAUGCCAAUCUUAAAGCAUGGCAGAAGAAGUUUUCUCAAUUGACGGACCCUCCAAAGCAGAUUUCGAAGCUUACAGGUGAUCUCUCUGCAGAUAUAAAGAUCCAGGCCACGUCCCAUUUGGUUUUGGCUACUCCAGUCCAAUUUGAUGCACUUACAAGGCGCUGGCGCCAAAGAAAGGCCAUUACACAGAUUGGGUUGGUUGUUGCAGACGAUGCACAUUUGCUUUCGAGUGGAGAACACGGCGGUGCAGCUUACGAGACGGUGCUUUCCAGAAUGCGUUUAAUGAGUGCCCAUUUACAGCUGGAGCUUAGAAUUGUGGCCUUGUCUCAUCCACUUUUAUAUGGAAGAGACUUUGGCGAGUGGUUGGGAUGCCUGAAACAGAAUAUCUUCAAUUUUGAAGCUUACGAGCGGUCCAGGCCGAUUAAAGAGAUCAGGUUUGAAGCUUAUACCGGUGCUCAGUAUACUGUGCUGAACUGGCCCAAAGUGGCUGGCUUUUUGAAGGAAACUGAAGGUUCUUCGCUUGUUUUCGUGCCCAACAGGAAGAUUCUCCAUGAAGUAUCGUCAAAAACUGCCGAAUUCACCAAACCACAUCCAGAAAUUGCCAAUUACCUGCUGAAGAUCACAGAUCCCGCUGCAAGAAAGCUUGUGGAGAAAGGAGUGGCUAUUUUCCACCAGGGCUUAUCUUCCAGAGACCAAUUAAUCAUUACCAGGUUAUUUACUGGCGGGUUCAUCGAAACAGGCAUUUCCACCAAAUCCUUCUCCAAAUACGCUCCUCUGGCUGCAAACGUGGUGGUUUUCGGGUCCCAGGACGAAGAGGUUCACCAGAACACAGACUACUACUUGAACGAUAUUCUCGAAAUGGUGGGUGUUUCCACUGGAGGUAAAGUGCUUGCGCUUGUACAUGCUCCUAGGGUGACUUACUAUUCGAAGUUCCUUAGUGUUCGGAUGCCUUUGGAGAGUUACCUCUAUUCUGACCUUUACGAUGCGUUUCUCCAUGAAAUUUCAGCCAGAACGUUCCAUUCUCGCCAGGAUUGCGUGGACUGGCUCACCUAUACGUUCUUCUACCGUCGUUUGGUGCAAAAUCCGAGCUUCUACGGAUUGAAGAGCGUUGGCCAUGUGGAAGUGUCUGAGUACUUGUCAGACCUUGUGGAGAACACAUUGAAGGAGUUGGCAGACACUGGAUUGAUUGAAAUGGACGAAGAGGAGGAUGAAGACGACGAGGAAGAAGAGAUGUCGCCAUUGAAUGGCGCCAUGAUUGCUUCUCAUUAUAAUGUCAGUUUCUAUACAAUGAAGCUUUUCAACGAACUCAGUGCCAAAUCUAGACUUCGUGAUUUACUUGAAGCAAUCACUUCUGCCACUGAAUUUGAACUGCUUCUUUACAGACCAGGCGACGAACACACGCUAGCCCAGUUGGCUACAGUCGUUCCUUUCAAAAUAGGCUCUGACGUUGUUUUGGAGUCUCCACAAACCAAAGCGUUCUUGCUUGUCCAGGCCCAUUUAUCUCGAGUUUCGCUUCCAGCCGACCUUGCCGACGACCAGAAACACGUUUUGAAGGCCAUUGUGAACCUUGUGUUUGCUUGUGUGGACUCUCUUUCGUCUGAAGGCCACCUUAACGCUUUACAAGCAAUGGAUCUUUCCCAAAUGAUUGUUCAGGGCAUGUGGAACAGAGAACUGCCGUUGAAACAGAUCCCCCACGUCAACAACGGCAUGCUUGAACGGUGUAAAAAGUAUAACGUUGAAACAGUCUACGAUAUCAUGUCUUUGGAAGACGAAGAGAGAGACGAUGUGCUUCAGCUUGAAGAUGAACAGCUCCAGGACGUGGCUGAUUUCGUCAACAAGUACCCGAACGUGGACGUUUCGUAUGAGCUUGAUCUUGAAGAAGCUGUUGUUGCUGGAGAGCCCAAACAGAUCACCGUGACGAUUGAAAGAGACGAGGAGUUGGACGAUCUCGAUGUGGUUGCUCCACGGUUCCCAGGUGAAAAACGUGAAGGCUGGUGGGUGGUUGUUGGCGAUGCCCAGUCCAGGCAACUCUAUGGAAUCAAGAAAACAACGGUUGUGCACGAAACACAGCUGGUGAAGAUGGAUUUUACUGUUCCUGUUGCUGGACAUCAUAAGUUGAGUGUUUGGUGUAUGUGUGAUUCGUACUUGGACGUGGAUAAGGAGAUGUCGUUUGAGGUGGACGUUCAGGAUGAACAGUAG